AUGGGCGUGCUGCGAAACAUUCUUCUGGCCGUGCUUCUGCUGUCCUUUCUCACCUUUGUCGCACUCUUCGGCCAACUGCCCGCACUGCGGAAAACACCCAUCGGAUGGCUCCGCCGCCUCCUCUGCAUCCACACGCCCAACCUGUUGAAGCACCUCGAUCACGCGGCGACGGGCGGACACGUGACGCGGCGGAGUGUGCGACUGGGCACAUAUCUCUUCUACGAGCAGAAUCCCGUGGUAUUGAUCAUCUUUCUCACUCUCCUCACCGGCUCUAUUGUCCUCUUCCUCUGGGACACAGUGCAUCGUCUGCCUGCGGAACUCCUUGCUCCCGUUCCUAUCCUGAUCAUUCUGCCCUACUCCUUCACCUACCUCACUGUCACAUGCAAAGCGCAUUACGUCAUCCCUGCCAACCACCGCCAACGCAUGGCCGACUAUCCCUACGACCACAUUCUAUUCAAGCCCAACGUGACCUGCCAGACCUGUCACCUCGUCAAACCACCGAGAUCCAAGCACUGCAGUUUCUGCGGCCAUUGCGUCGCCAAAUGUGACCACCAUUGUCCCUGGGUCAACAACUGUCUCGGACGCGGAAACUACCACUACUUCCUCCUCCUCCUCCUCACCAUCGGCACGCUCCAAAUCUACGGCAGCUAUCUCACCUGGUACAUUCUCCGCCCCCAUCUCACCAUCGACCACACCACCCCUCUCUUCAGCCGCGCUCGCCUGGGAACCAUCGGGGAUGCAAUCGUCGUUGCAAUCCGCUACGGCGGUUUGCCAGUCACCGGCGUGGGCAUGCUCGCCAUCUCGACGACAUCUUUACCUCUCGGUCUGCUGACAUAUCACUUCUACCUCAUCUGGGCCGGCAUGACGACCAACGAGUCGCAGAAGUGGUCCGAGUGGAAAGAAGACAUGGCAGACGGAUAUGUCUUUCGUGCACGAAAACAAGAUUUGAGAGCUCAUCAUUUGGCAAAGCAGCAGCAGCAGCAACAAGGACGCUUUCCCUCGUCGUCGUCAUCGUCGAUGAAUAAUAGUAAUAACAGUAGUAAUAUUUACACAACGCAGCAGCAGCAGCAGAAUCCCGCAUUGUACCACUAUGACGCUAAUGACGAUGAUCAUGAAUGGAACGAUCGCACACCUGCUGCUGCUGCUGCUGCUGCUGACAGCGACAUGGUCCUCGUACGGACCACAGAUGGGAAACCUCCGCGAGGGCAAGAAGCGCUGUGGACUCGUGCGUGGAACCUGAAUGACGUGGACAACGUGUACGAUUUAGGAGGUCUACAGAACUUUGUCGACGUGUGGCGUGGACGUUGAAAUGAAUAAAAAAAAGGGGGAGGUGAUUACUCAAGCAAGAUACGGUAAUGUACUUACAGUAUGCAUCGUCGUCGUCGUAGUCGGGUGCACAGGAAGAAUAGACAAUGGAAAACGAAAAGUAAUCAAGUUCAGGCAUGGAGAAUGAUGAUGAUAUUAUCAUGCCCCCAUCAAUACAUGGUAAUUUCGGCUGCAUUUACGAAAUAUCAUCAACCACAGGCGCCAGACCUACAAGUCCCUCAGCGCCCAUAGUCGCCAUGGCAACAUGCACAGGUAAGAUGCUUUUUCCAGUUCCGGCAGCAGCAGCAGCAGAACGGAUCAGACUCCGUGCAUUGGUCAGUGUAGUCAAACCACGAUACAUCCGCAACACAUCCCGCAGGGUCAAUUCUGCUUGCUUGGCACUACCCUCAUCCACCCCUCCUUGGCUUUUGACUUGGAUGGUCCAGUGCAAAUUGACUCCCAGCGAGGGCAGCUUGUCUCCCGUGUCGGUGUGUUCGCUAUCAGGCAUUGACGCAGGCCCUCGCUGGAACAAGACGCCAUGCGCCAUUCUGCUGCUGCUGCUCGCAUGAUGAUCGCUUAAUAAUUUGGUACUCAGAAGCACGCCCCAUGUCUCAUCAGUCAUGUCCAUCAAGUGCGCGUCGGAAUCGCCGGUACCAUCUGUGGGGAGUGAAUUCGCCGUUUCGCUUGCAGCAGGCGUCGGGGGCGCGUUGCUAGUGUGGCCAGAAACAUCAGGAGAAGAAGUAAAAGUGGCACCUUGCGGCGUAGAAGCAGGUGUCAAAACACCAACCUCAGCGUUGCUGCCGCCGCCACCGCCAUAACACGAUGACUCACACGGACGGUACAACUGCAAAAAGGGAUCCUCCUGCGUGGACAACAAUGUCACACAAACAGGAUGUGAGCGAGGCCUUGCGGCGACUGAGCGCCAACAUUGUACAGCUGAUGGGUCCAGAUCUGCUCCUGGCGCAACGAUGAAGACGCGCCAGGAAACUUGACGUGCAGCCAUGAUCGUUCUGGUGAAUUCCCAUACAUCAUGCGCCACUUCUGCAAAUGUUCGUCCUGCUAGACCAAAAGAAGAGCUGGAUUGAUGCUUGCCUGUGCUGUCGAUCCAGCAAGCGGUCAACCACAUGCCAUCGGAGCUGUGUGCGUAAGCCAGAUGAAGGAUCGAGCCUUCGUAGAGCAGAUCUCCGGGCGCCUCGGACGCCAGUUGAAAACCGAGACGCUUCGGUGCCGUGCUAGCGAGUUCGACCGUGGGAGCUGCAAGAUUUGGUAGCGGCGCAGAUAUAUCAGACAGCAGAGGCGCAGAUGUGGGUGGACAUCGGUCGUAAACCUCGCGAGCCAAGACGGACAUUUUCCUAGCAUCGAGUGGAACAAAAGCAUCGAAUGAAGCCACCAUGUUCAUGGGCAGGAUUUGCAGAAAGAUAUCGCUGUUGUCUUGCUCGAGCGGUGACUUGGAUGUGCGCUCGCGAUGGGCUUGAAAAAGCAUCCAGAAGCAUGCGCAGAGGUGCUGUUGGGCAUCGCGUCCUGUGAAUGGGUUGAGAAUGUAGACAACGAUCGCUCGCUCUUCUCCUGGAAGAAUGCUGGACAGAGCUUUACCAAGGUCUGUGCACGUUGCGGCGUAUGCCCUCAAAACAGACUCGAGAGACGCAUCCUCACUGAGCUCUACGGGUGCCAGUCCGUCCUUGAAAUUGUCUUGUUCCAGCUCGCUAACGUUGCGCAGAUGUAUGUGCGUGCCAAGCUUGCAACUCUCGUACGCCGUACCUACAUCGCGGAGGAAUUGAUCGACCAGGCGUUGUAGAUCCUCGUUGAAAGGGAACACACAAAAGGCUCGGAGGUGCUUUGGGCCAGCUGCUGGUCCAAGUCCCAACGGCUCCCAGAAGGGUAUGCAAGCAGGCAACAACUCCCAAGUGUCGGUCCCUCGAUGUAAUCUGAUAUAAGGAGCCGGCAGCGGAAACAUAUCAGGACCUGUUGGUAUGUUAUCAAGCCGUUGUGGUGGCCGCGGCUGUCCUUGAGGGAUCUUUCCCGGGACUGUCGCCUGUCUCGCAGGUGCGUCUUUUGCCAAAGCGAGGUCAGCCAAAUCACAAUAGGCUGCUUCCGGGCACGCCAACCGUAUGGCUCUUGACAGCCGGUCUCGUAUAUAUCGUGGUAUAGUGACAGACGUGGCAUCGUCAACAGCGUCACGAGCAUCGUCAAAGCGGCGACGCAUGGCAGAGACAUGUGGAUUAGCCGUCACCGACUGCUCACUGACAAUUUGUGCAACGCAGACGAGAUCAGACUUAGUAAGACUGUAUGCGGUUUCGAUAGAGGCCACCGUGCCUGUCAGUGUUUCUAAUGCCUCCGGUUGAGCAGCCGCGCUAGGCAAGCCCGUAUCACAUAAUGCCUUUUCCGCCGUCAACGUAGCCUGCAAGUCUAGGUUUACGGCGGGAGACGUAGACUCUAGCAGCACCUUCAGAAGCGUGUCAACAGAGGGUGAGCCGUCUUUUUUCUCGUCCUCAUACUCAUCUAGCCAUGCGGAUGUAGGUGGACCAGAAGUAAGUAAUUCGGCUUGAGGUAUCCCAUGACGCUUCCGUUUCUUACUUUCCCACGGCAAAGGCGGCGGAGGCUCCACUAUUCUCACGUCGCCCGUGGUUGUCACAUCGCGCUCUUCUUCGCUGUCACUGAUAGUGUCCGCAUCGGAGUCAUCAUCGUCGUCGAAAGGUCGGUGCUUCUUCUGCAAAGCAUGCAACCCGAUUCCCAUACUGCCACCAGUUGCGUCGAUCUGUGCCACGUUCUGGGGCUUAGGGACGGAACCAUACUGCAGCGUAGCGCUGACGCCGUCCCGAAACGUGAUUGGGGUGAAACUGCUGCUCCUGCGGUCGUGGCGGCUGCCGCAAGAGCCACUUUGAGGCUGAGAAUGGCUUGCUGGUACCGGAGGUGGGAGUAGUCUUUCACGGAUUCCAAAUGGGCUUAAAGGCCUGUGGACGAGUGAAGGCUGAUGCUCGAUAGGAGGAUUUAUGUUACCUGCAGGUUCCUGUGACUGCAGGCCAUCACUUUCGGUGUCCAUAGGCAUGGGCGUUGGGUCAUUGAGACCUUGUUGUGGCAUCAGUACUGGCGGUAUUCCUACUGGCGGAUCAUGGUUUCCCUCUUCGUCUUGUGCUAGGUUCGACACUGCCUCCAGAACUUCUGUAUCCUCGUAAGUGCUGACAUCGGGCAUGUUGCUAUCCUGGGCGGCUUGAUGCUCCACAAACCCAUCGUCCGGCUCAUCGAAAAAAUCAAACUCGGCAUCAUCUAUUUCGGCAUCUCCGAACGCCAUACCGCCGUCAUCAGCAAAUAGUUCCUCUUGAGCAAGCUCAUGAUCACCAGGUUCGUUCGAAGGCGCAGGACGCGAAGCCGCCUUUGGUUGUAGCUCGUCAUUUGGUGCAUAGGCCUCGGCAACUGAGCUGUUCAGCUCUGGCUGCGUGGCCAGCGGCGUGACAACACUGUUCAGAGCGCUAGGCUGACCCGGAGCGAAGCCGUCAGGCGGAGUUGGGUAGAUCCCAGCCAUCGUUGAGUGGUGAUCAACGCUCCUUUGCGCGAACGAAGGGGAUAUGACCAUGUUCGUAU